CGCCAUUCUGUAACAAUGUAGGUCCUACUGCCUCCUUCCGUUCCAAAUAGUUUUUUCGCAUGGACGCACAGAAUCUGAUAAAUAAAUAAGUAAAGAUGAGUCGCCAAAAUGAGUACCAUUACAGUAGAACUGAUGUUUGCCUGAAAGAGGUCGUUUGGUGACAGACUGAUCUGUAGCGUAGCCGAAGAUCUAGGUUGAGUUGAAAGGUGAUAAUAUGUUGUCAGUUGCUGAUGCCAAAGACUGUUAAUGUCAAAUUAAAGUUGUGUUAACAGACAGACUCGUAGCGUAGUCCUUUUAUACGUUCGCGCCAUUCGAUCGAUUUCAGCCUAACCAAGUUUCAUUGCUCGUAAUAUAGUAGUAGUAGAUUCGUGCCAGUCCUAGGUCCUUCUGAUUUGAUAUCUUUUCAUGUAUAUGUCAAAACAUUAAUAUUGUUUUUGUAAAGCGGCUUCACGGCAACAGUUUAUUUCUAACAGUGUCACUGCUACUGCGAAACGCAAAAUACAAAUUUUAUUUCAAAAGUUGGCAACAUUACACGUUGAGAGAUUGUUUAUGUCACUGUCAUUGGCAAAAUCGCAUUGUGGAAGCGAACCUCGUAUUGAGUGUUUGGUGCUCGUCGUUUAUAAACAUUACAACAGUUAAAGUUAUUUACAUGAAAGUGAAUUAUGUGUGUUUAGGGAAAGUUUGCUUUCUGCAACAUGCCAUGCACUGUCGUAUUUACUAGAAAUGAAGCUGUGUACUUGAAGCAGUGAAGUGACACCCCUGUCAAACAAGGAAAAAUGAAGAGAGCUGCAAUCAUCUGGCUGUUCUUGCUCACAGUGAUAUCCGAAAUUCUUGGUCAGGAAGACUACAGUACGUGCUGCCAUAGUGGGCCUGUGUGUUCUUGUGCUUCCCAUAUAAAUUUUUAUGGCGAAACCCAUGGGAACGUGGAUAUCAACUCCAGUGACUGUCUUGUCUACAAGAUACGAAAUGUUUCAGAAUGUGAUUCCUUCAAAUUUGAUGGCAACAUGAAUGAAAGGAGAUUAGGCUCUGUACGUUUGCAUCCUGUUGUAAUAAACUUCUCUUCAAAUCUCAAUAUGUCUUUCAUCAAUGUGAAAUGGACAAAACUGCAGUUUCGUCUGAGUGGCAUGGAGAGGAGUUGGUCUCUUUGCCGAACCAUAGAACUGAGUAAGAGGGCAGCAAAGUGGUUCAAUAUUAAGGAGUUGUUUUACAGUUGCCGACUCCUCAGUCCCAAUAUGACUGACCAAAACAUCAUGUUAGAAUACCAUGCAUCUCGUGGAACACAGGAUGAAUUUGGUAGAUUUACUUUCAGGCUGGACUCACCAAUAGACAGGUUGCGCUUUACACCAAAGUGGAAAAAUAAAUUUGUGUACAUUGAAUGGCAGCUGCCAUUGCUGAUAGCACAUUGGCAUCAUCCCUUUAGUGAAGAGCCUGCAAAAUAUGAAGUGGUUGUGAGGAGAGAUGGUAAAAUAAAACAGAACGAAAAGUUUUUCUCUGACAAUGGCAGCAAUAUUGCUGACUUGGGAAUGGAAAUGAAGUAUGAUACAAUGCACUUCCCAGGUUAUUAUAUUUUUGAAGUUACGAAGGAGUGUGCACCACUGCAAGAUUGUGACGAUCCUAGCACAGCAACUGUCAAAAUAGCUCCUGUCUCCCGUUUGCUGCAGUAUAUCAGCCUGAGUAUUCUAUUCCUGCAGUCCGUUCUGGUACUGAUUAUUUUGUGGAUGACAGCUCAGUGGUACCGUGCAUUUUCAGGUAAACCGAAUGUAUUGGUUAUGUAUUCCCCAUCAAGAGGUGCCCAUGUGAAAGCUGUUCGAGAGUUGGUCAACUUCCUACGAGAGCAUUGUCGUAUGAACGUACUUUUUGAUUUGGAUGAUAUAAAAGUCAGCCCAGAUCCAGAUCCCGUCCGCUGGUACACCACAUCCUUGGGAAUUGCAGAUUAUGUUCUGAUGGUUGCUUCACCACCUCCUCCAGGGAUUCCUGAUAAAUUUGGCUGUCUACAUCCGGCGCUCAACCUGGAACAUGGAGCAGGGGAAUCAUUAGUUGAUCCAGACCUUUUGUCGAUGCAGUUACUAGCACCUUGUCUAGCUAGACGACGACCUCGCGUUGUAGUUUGCCUACCUCCUGGCACUACUGUCCAGCAUUUGCCACCUGAAAUCCGCACUUUUCGUACCUACUGCUUGCCCGCAAAACUGGAACCCAUGCUGCGAGCACUGCGCGGUGUUGGUACAGUUCUUCCAUGCUUGCCACCACCUCCUGGAGCAGAACGUAACAAAGCAGAAGCCCGCACUCGAGUGUCGGCUGCCAUGAAGGCAGCAGAGCGAGAUCUGAGGGAACGGCCACCCGCACCAGGGUCCCUCUCUCCCUGGGAACGACCAUGUCCAGAGCAUUCAAAUUUAUCUAAAUUGGAAAUUCCAGUAAAACAAAAAUCUCCACUUCAGAUGGAAAUUAGCCUUGAGAAAUCCACUGGUGAGCUUCUUGGACAGAGGCAGAUUGUCACUAAUAAGGUGUUUCCUGGAUGCAUUGAUGAACUUAACCUACUGAAAUCUGAUGAUGAGGAAAAGGAGCCAGAUGAGCAACAAGAAGUGCAGGAAGAGGAUAUGCAGGAUCUUUUACACGAUUUUAUCCUCUGAUUUAAAUGUGCCAUUUUUUUGCCAUUGUUUAUUCUCUUGUAGGAUAGUAGUAUCUCCCUUGUCUCACUCUUCCCCUGGCGCAAAAUUUCCUUCAUCAAUAGUUUAUUUUAUCACUUGGCAAUAGAUGGCUUUUUCCGCUUAUGUUUCAUAGCUCCAAACAUUUUGUCAUAUACCCUUUGGACAAGGUGACGGAUAUCAAUAUGGUACUUAGUAUAACAAAAAAGAAAGGAUUUCACUACAUAAGAAGGAAUAAUUUAAAGAGUUUUACUGCCAGUGUAGUAAAUGCUUCUAUACCUAGAUCAGGAUAACAGUGUUUGACAGUAAGUUGUUACCUGGACAGAUGCCAUAGCAAUAACCAAUCAGAGAAUGAGGUACAUCACAUUAUGUACUCGUUCCACUAUAAUCAUAUUGUGCAGGUGCCAUUAAUUACAGAUUAUGCUUGUGGCUGACAACAUAAUUGUAAGAUUUGUUUCUACUAUGAACUUCUUUUUUUUCUAUGUAGGAAUUUAAUUUAAUACAACUGAUGCAUUCACCUACCAGCAAGAACAUGCAGAAAAGUGCUGAGUCACUUACAAUCCUGCAAAGUGGGUUCAAUACUGUUCAUUAAUGGGAGCUGUGUUAACAUACACAGUUCAGAACCACACAGUGGCUGUUACAGGGGGGGAGGGGGGGGGGGCUGGGUGCUUACAAGACUGUAAAAUUGUCAUUUUUUAAUAUAGACGAGUUGGUCAAUUGCAGGACAUAUCCUGCCACAGGAAUUAAUUUCUGGAGGUGACAAAAAAAAAAAAAAAAAACUAAUUAUAUCCUAGAGAAGUGGUGGUUAUUCACUCAAUAGAUGAAUAAAACACCUAUACUCCUGAUUCCGGGAGGGGGACCAGUGACAAAGGCCCUCACUUGCCCGCCCUUGUGGGCUCAUGAGAUAGAUAUACAUGUGCUGCCUCAGAAGCUGUUCUUGCUCAAUUCAGUUGAUUUUAAUCUUCUUUUUUUGUCAUUAAUACAAUGAUCAACAAUUUUAUGAGAAGUAUAGUUUCAGAGUCUACUGUAUAGUCUAUUGUUUAAAUCAACAAGAUUAACUUUCAUAGAGUGACCAUAUGUCCACCAUGUGUGAAACAAAUUGAAACCCCGUCUGCCACUUUUUCGGUCAGGGAUGUUAAUGCUGUGCCAUGUGCCCUUGAAAUUGCGUUCAACUAAGUUGAAACAGCGUACACUAGUGUCUUUUUAUCUCAAAAAACUAUAAACAGUGACAAUUUCCGUGUAUAUUGGCUACAACAAGGAAAGUUUUAGUUAAAAUGUGGAAUCUUUUCUAUGCAUGUAAAGCUGCAAGAUGACUGCAAACAUCAUGUUUGUCCUACCAUAUUAACUGUACUCAUUGUUCACAAGCUGAACAUAAAUCAAUGUCAUUUGAACAGGUACCACCUGAAGAUUAUGGUGUAAACUUUGAAAUGUUUUGUGGUGAUUGGCACAGAAAUUCUGUACUUUUGUUGGUAUUUUAAGCGUAAGCCACUAAAACCAGUCCAUUAUAGAAGAGAAUAUUUACAAAAAAAAUACAUGUUACAAGUAACUAAUACAAGAAAGUUAAAUAAUAAUAAUAAUAAUAAUAAUAAUAAUAAUAAUAAUGACAAUGACUUAAAAAUGACAAAAUAAUUUAAUGAUGUUUCAUUUUUUGAAUGUUUAGUUGGAAUUCCAUUUUUAUGAUGAUUUUUAUGGGCAUUACAUUUUUACAAUGUUUUUAUGGGCAUUUCAUUUUUACAAUGUUUUUAUGGGCAUUUCAUUUUUACUAUGUUUUCAUUAACAUUGCGUUUUCACAUUCCGAUAGGCUUGGUAUAUACUUACCUUACAACCUUGCCUCUUUGCUCAAACGUGUCAGAUUCACAUAAAUUAUCUAUUCUGCAGAUAAAAUAAUACUUGAGGAGCCGUUUUGUAAGUUUCAAAUUAUCAGUUUCUUUGCGAAUUCAGUUGUUGUAAAGAAGGUGGUCACUGUUCAUGAACAGUUGUACUUGGCAUGGAAAGAAUUAACUUCCACCAUAAGGCUUUAAUAAUAAUUAUUCUACAUAAAAAAAUAGAAAUCAUCUGUAUCAGUGUAUAAGAAAACAAAGGAAAAUACAGGAUGGAACAUAAUAAUAUAAUGAAAAGGAUAGUUGCUACUCACCAUGUAGUGGAGGUGCUGAGUUGCAGAAAGGCACCAAAAAGACUAUCAGAAAGUUAGCUUUCAGCCAUAAAGGCCUUUGUCAAAAGCAGACAACAUGCACACCCUCACACAAACACAACUCACUCACACAUGACCACCGUCUCUGGCUCUAGCUGCCAGACACUGUGGUCAUGUGUGUGCGAGUUGCGUUUGCCCGAGGAUGUGCAUGUUUGUAUGUUGUGUACUUUCAACAAAGGCCUUGUUGGCUGAAAGCUUACUUUCCAACAGUCUUUUUGUUGUGCCUUUCUGCGACCCACCAUCUCCACAGUAUGGUGAGUAGCAACUAUCAUUUUCAUUGUAUUGUUAAUGUAAUAAGAACAUGGAAUAAAAUUAAAUUAUAGACUUACUCUGUGCUACUGAUGCUUCAUUAAUACCAUUGUCUUGCAAAUUGUCGAAAACUUGCUUUCUGGCUAGUGGUUAUAAGAUUUUUUUAUGUGGUGGAAUAGUUAAUAGUUGGUAUUGACUUGUGCAAAACAUACCUUUGCCCAUUUGUCUGAUAUAUGUAUUUUUCUUCAAAAUGAGUUGAACAGAGAUAAUUGGCUAUAGUAGAAACCAGUAGUCUCGUUUCUAGUUACAGCCCAUAUUUUCGCGAGCUCCUUGUUGUUUAAAGGAAAUCUGUAUUUAUUAAUAACCAGAUUACUUUCCUGCAAUUAUCUUAAGCAUAAUUCCAAUUCCGAUAUAGUCAAUGACUCUUUAAUUAACAUUAAAAAUAUGUGUCAGAUUUUAUUUUUAUACUAAUGUUCUUAGUUGUAAGAUGAAAAAUGUGUUGUUUUAUCACUUUGAUUUGUGCAGUUGAUGAAGGCACAGCAGGUAUUGUUAAUUUAUAUUUUAUUGCACAAAUCCUCAGGAAAAUUAAGUAUUUCACUAAUAACAAAACAGCCAACAUUUCAGACACAAAAGCAGACUGACUAUUCAUAAUGUUCUGAAUAAAUGAAGUGUGGUAGAGUCGGAAUUAGCUGCCACAAAGACACUGCCACUAGUGUUUUAGCCUCUCUGUGAAAUUUUAUCUCAUUUGUUUGAAUGUAUUGGAUUUCACUUACUACUGGAAUUGCCUAGUUAUGUUUGAACACUCACUCUGAUUAUGAGUGAGUGUUGCUCAAUCACAAGAUAACUGCAGAAGAUCACAAACAUAUUUCUUCUGUGAAGCAUUAUGAAUUUUUUUUGUAAAGCUCAGUGUUAAUGAACAUAGGCUCUGAUGAAAUGCUUUCCUGAAUUUUUGAAGGUAUAUCCUUAGAUGGACUAAUUGUCUUGGGAACUGUUAUGAAGAGAAAAUGUAUAUCUUUUUACUUAAUGUUGUUACAUAAAUAAGAAUGCUCCAAAAAAGUAGAGGAUGAAGUCAGUGAUCUCAAGAAUGCUGAGCAAAAAUUUUUAUUUGUAUUUAAUAUAUACAUUGCAGUGGCUUUUUUAAGUGCAUACAUGAGGCUAGAUACUUAUUCUUCAGUUGGCUCUCUAAUAGAAGAAGAGAAGUGAAAGCAAAUAAAGAAUUCAGACUUUAAAGUUCAUUAAUUACUUUAAAAAAAAAGGAAGAAGAAGAAGAAGAAGAAGAAGAAGGAGAUACUUCUUCUUGUAACUGGUGGGAAUAAAAUCAGUCUUGGAACUUUCUGGACAGACAGUGCAGGUCGUUCCAUGAAAUGUCAGGUGAACUCCCAGAUGACAAUAAUUUCUUGCCACAAUAUUUUGAAUACACAUGAAGAUGACGAGAAGACUGUCUGAAUGUUGUGACAAGAAGUUAUUGAUCUGUGGCAGUUGGUUUAAAAUUUCACGAAGCCUGAGAAAAGGUGUUAGAAUGCUUUCAUAUAUUUGAUUCCAAGUACCUUAUCUUCAGAGUGGGUGCCAGAUAUUCAGGCACAACACUUCCAGUGAAAUGCCUCUCAAAACUCUCAAUUGAAGAAAUCUCCUUUGUUAUAAAGACUGUUUACAUAUUGUGCUCAUUUCUUUUACUAAUCUAGUUUAUGGUGCUAUAUAAUAUCUAUGUUAUGCAUAAAUUUUGUAGUAGAGUUGGUGAUUUUUGUAACUAUAUUCCAUUGACAAGUACUGUAUAUUGAUAAGUGACAUGUUUUCAAUUAUAUAUUUUCUGCAGUAGUUGCAUACCAUAGCAUGGGAAGUGUGUCAAAAUAUGAAGCAUUUGGGACUGGUGAAAAUUGUUUUGUUACAUUAAUAUGUAUUUUUUUGUGUUUUCUGAUGUAGUGGAGAGUUUAUGCAAACAACUAAUUCAUAGAAGUGUCAGAAAAAGAGCAAAAGAAAGUAACAUGGAAAGCUUCAUGUUUGGAUAAAAGAUAACACAGUAAUAAAAUGUAUGUAUUGUGAUCUGCUUUCCAAUCCCACAGAAGGAUUACAGUUUGUUUGUAAUUUCCAUAUGAGUAGGUUUCUUUUUGAAAUAUCAAGAAGAGUGGAAGGAGAAAAUAACAAAAAUAGGAUGAUGUUUCAUGUGGCUAAAUACAUCAUACAUUAUAAGAGAUCAAGAGAAACAACUAAAUGUUAGCUAAUGUUUCCCUUUUGCUCUAUUUCUGUGUUUUGAAUGUGUACACAGUCCUCUGCAAACCAUGGGGCCUACUUUUGCUUAUUUAUUUCACCUCUUUAUAUUACAAGGAAUACGACUGAAUUACUAGUUGCUUGUAACUACAUAACUGGGAACUUCAACUUUUUCUGUCCUGUUGAUGUUACUAGCAUAGUUUCCUGGCAGAGUGUUUCAUCUUCCCCAUUCUCUGUCACCACCACCACCACCAAUAACAACAACACCACAUACAUUACACUACAUUAUAAAUGUACUCAUCAAAGUCACCUACAUUCCACUAAUGCACUUGAGACACCGCACUUGUACUUUACAAAGGAAAAGUGCCAUUGUGUGUGAAGAAAGAAAACUUUUCGAAUUAGGUGUCCCAACUUACAUUUCAGGGUGCCCUACCCAACAGUGCUGUAAGUGUGUAACUUUUUUUCCACCUUGGCAUUAACCCAAUUCUACGUUUGUCAAACAUGACAGUAUACCUGAUACAAUCAUUUGUGACUAUUUUUAUGGUUAGAAUGCUUAGAUUUUACAAAUCUUUAAUGCAUUAAUUUUUCAGAGUGCAAUGUUCUCUCUGUAUUCUGCAUGAUAAGUUAUUUUCAUAAUAAGCAAAUGUUACAACAGAAAAGGGAGAACUUUAUCUAUGAUUUACUUAUUGAUGUAUCCCAGACAGCGAUCUAAUUGGGAGAGAUCAUGUCUCCAUAAUUAAGAAUUGGUAAAUUUUGGAAGACUUUGGGGCACUAUUUUUUUGUGUCCAACCCUCCAAACCUUUGUUAUCAAAUAACACUGUGUGCAGUGGCACUGUAGUAGUUGAUAUUGAGUUCUGUGUUUCAUUUUUAUGUGUUGUGUUGGAGGGGUCUCCAUGUAAGAACUGCAGUUUGGUUUCUGUAGAAAUUGUAGACAACUUUCACUCUCUGUAAAUUAUUAUUGAUAACCUUAGAAUUUCAAAGUGUGUGUUCCAGUGAACAUUGUCAAAAGCUAUCUCUAAAUCUACAGAUGCUACAAAUGUACAUUUGGCGAUUAUAGUUCCAUUACGGGCACUGCCUACAAUUCCUUCUUAAAAAGAAAGCUUGUUAACAAUGAUGACAGUAGAUGAUCAGUAUGAAGCACAAAGCCUAAGUGUUAGUGGGUGUAAUGUGUGAAGAAGGUGAGGACUUCCCCCUUAAAGUAGUCUCUGUCUCUCUGCUUCCUGCGUGACACUCCAUAUGAGCCCAAAGAAAAAGUUUACUGACUGUAGUUAUCACUUACUCAAAUUGCGUUACAUAAAAUUUGAAGCUUCUUUGUAAUGCUUCUAGAACAAUUUUGUUAUUAUAAGCUGCCUCAUGACUGGUCUAUGUAGUGCAACUGUAGUUUAAAAAUAUUUUGUUGAUGUCAUAUGUAUAUUGUCUGUUGUUCUAGUAUGUAGAGGGAGUAAAUUAAAGGCUUGAAAACUUAAAGCUUUACAAUAUAGCUGUCUAUGACUGAAUGGUCUUUUAGCUCUGCUAGUGUUACUAGAUCUGUCAUAAUCAUAAUGUUAUUUUUUGUAAUUGCUUCAAAAAUCUUUAAAACUGUCUUACUGUACUGAGAGAGUUUAUCACACUAUUUAUGUUAUUAAUAAUGUUGAAGUUAUGCUGUUACAUUAUAUUCUAGAAAUAGUUGUUUCAGUUGCUGUUUUUGUUUCUUUUUUGUAAGUGUUUACUUUGCUCAGUUAGCAUUAGGUGAUUGACUAAACAUUUAAGUACAACUGCACCAGCACUGUUAAUAUAUUCUAUAUCUGAUGAAUUGCACCACUGUUAAUAAUAGAUAUUUGUACUGUGUGUGAUGUUAUAUAAAAUUCUGUGCAAGACAAUUAUGUUUUUAAUACUUACUUUGUUUGCAGAAUAUGUUUUACUGUAUGCAUUGGCUUCAGGUGUUACUGGGUAAAAGUGGAUGAGAAUUUUAUAUGUGACUGGAGCUUAUGACUGAAGACUAACGCAUUGGCAUUGUAUUUCAGAUAUUUAGAUUGGUUGCGAGAUGUUGUUCUAUAUGGUGCUCAGAUUUUUGUCAGUAAUGUUAAGGUUGAUAUGUUUGACUGACUUAGAUUUUUAAUCUCUCCCUCCCUCCCUCCCUCCCUCCCUCCCUCCCUCCCUCCCUCCCUCCCUCCCUCCCUCCCUCCCUCCCCCCCUCCCCCCCUCCCCCUCCCCCCCUCCCCCCUCCCCCCCUUCCCCCUCCACCUAUCCAUCUCCACCUCUCCCCCUCUGUGUGUGUGUGUGUGUGUGUGUGUGUGUGUGUGUGUGUGUGUGUGUGUGUGUGUGUGUGUGUGUGCGCGGGCGCGCGCCGGCGCGGGCGCGCGCGGGCUCGGGCGCGGGCGCGCGUGGGCGUGGGCGUGCACGUGCGCGUGUGUGCGUGGGCGCGUGCGCAUGCAUAUGUUUGUGUAUAUAUCAUAUACUUCGUGUUAUGGCUCUUGUUCUCCAAGUGCAAUUCUUGUGUCACAUUUAUGUAAUGCAAUAAAUAUAAAUUGAUGUAAUAUAUGUUGUAAUGCAUUGCAAAAUACAUUUUACAGUAUACAUUAAAAGUUGAUACUAAUGACUGAGAAAUAAAUGUAGCUUAUCAAAUAGCAUAUUCAGAAAAAGGAAGUCAGAAAAUGUAUGGUAUUAAUGGUUAAUUAUAAAAUACUUUCACAAUGUUCCCGACGUGUAGCAACAGUGUUCAUGAGGAAAGGGAGACAUGUGGUGGCAUAGUCAACAAUGAUUUUGCAGGAUAUUUUGACAGCGGCAGUGACAGUGGUAGCGAUGUUUUACCUCCUGUACGAAAACGGUGUAAGCGGCUCGUGACUGAAGAUGAUACUGACGAAGAAGAGCAAACCUACCAGUAGCAACAAUCUGAGUCGUUGAAUGUGGCAAAAGGAAGACAAUGAACCAACAAUCUGGACAUAUAUGGAGCUUUGUGGAAUAAAGGAAGCCGCUUUACAGCAUGUGAGUACAAGUAUAAUAGAAUUAGACGUUUUCUAUUUAAUAUUACAUUUUGGGAAAACAUCGUAAGUGAGACAAAUACAUAUGCACAAGACAUACUCAACAAUGAACAGAAGAGACAAAAAUAGACCAAAAGUGGUCUCCUAUUGGCUGUGAUGAAAUAAAAAUAUACAUUGCGCAAUGUAUGAUCAUGGCUGAAGUAAGGAAACCGUUAUAGAAACGCCAAUAUUUAGGGAGACGGUACCAUUCAGGAGACUUCUGCACAUUAGUGGAUUUCUGCAUCUAGCGAAUAACAGUUAGCUAGCAACACAAGUAAGCUGUACAAAUUAAGACCAGUCAUAGAUAUGUUCAAUCAAAAAUUUAAGGAAGUGUACACAAUGCAAGAGAAUAUUGCCAUUGAUGAAUCAUUAAUGAAAUUUAAGAGGCGCUUAUCCUACAAACAAUUUAACCCAUCAAAAAGAGCGAGAUUUGGUAUUAAAAUUUAUAAAUUGUGUGAGUUGAGUUCAGGAUAAGGCUAUGAUUUUAAGAAAUACACAGGUAGUGACAAACGUGAUGCUAGUGGUAGUGCCUUUGAAAUUGUAGUUCUAGAACUACCACAGUCAGUAUUACACAAAUGCCAUACUCUGUAUUUACAUAACUAGUUUUCUGCACCAAAACAUUUCAAAACUCUCCUCACCAAUAAAACUAAUGUGACUGGAACAGUGUGCUCAAACAGAAAAAAAUAUGCCCACAGUCUUCCUGAAGGCAAAAUUAAAGAAGGGAGAAUAUACAGUGAGGAGUUGUAAUGGAAUAUUGGCACUAAAAUGGAAAGAUAAAUGAGAUGUUUACAUGCUUUCCACAAAACAUUCAACAGCAGAAAUGAUUGCCACAGACACACCUCUCCGCAAUGUGUCGUGGAAACCGAAAUGUGUCAUAGAAUACAAUAGAGGCAUUAUUGGAAUUGAUCACCAAGAUCAGAUGCUCGUAUGCUUCCCUGUGAUGAGAAAAUGUAUGAAAGGAUACUGCAAGAUAUUCUUUUACCUAUUUAAUGUUGCUUUAUUUAACACGUACAUUUUGUAUUACAAAAUACAUUGCGGCAAACAACAGAGCUACACACAAUAUAGGAUUCACAUUGCAGAAUCAUUGUUGAAAACUAUACCUUUACCGGAAUAUAAUCGAAAGGGACGAUUAGCAUCCGGCGAUAUACCACAAAGACUGCAUGUGUAACAUUGGGUGCAUUUUCCCAAAUGUAUUGAUCCAACACCAACAAAAGUAAAUCCUGUGAGAGCUUGUGUAGUGUGGAGCAAAACAAGGUGGGAAUGCAAAAAGUGCAGGGUUACAUUACAUGUGACAUUGUUUUGAAUGAUGUCAUACAAUCAAAGACUAUUAAAUUCAUGUACACGUCAUUGUGAAGACGUUGCAUUUGAAAAUAUGUUUGCCAACGUACUAAUGUAAGAGGUCCCAGAAUGUUUUGAACAAAAUAUUAUACAGUCUUAGAUCAUUGCAUUGUUGUGAAUAUUAUUAUUAAGAUGUAUUUCAUCAAUGUAUGUUUGCUUAUAAAGGGAAAUAAAAUGUUUGUGAACAUA